UUUUUUCACGAAAGCAGAAAAUCUGUCAAAACCAUUUUUUUCCUCAUCCCAGUUCUUGCGAAAACGAAUGGCAGUGAAAUUUUUUCUAGUUGCUUAAAAUCUCGACAAAAUCAAUUUAAAACCGAAGUUAAGUUUCGAAAAAUACGCACCUGAAUGCUGCUCCUGUAGUGCGAGUGAGGUGUGUUUAAAACCGCGGUCAGACGGGAAGCAGUGCUCACGCAAAAUGCGAUUGAUUCCGAUAGUGAUAAAAUUUUGCCCUGAAAGGAAGGGAUAUGUCAAGUGCAAAAACAGCAGUAGUAGCAUCUACAGGCGAAUCCAUUACUGCUGGCUGCUGGCUGUUUGUUCGAUUUUGCUUGUGCUUUUGGUUGGUCAGGUAGCGGCCGCAGGGACAGACCCGUAUAAAAUCAUGGGAGUGCAGCGGCAUGCUACCCUGCAGGAAAUACGCCGAGCGUACAAGCAACUGGCCAAAGAAUGGCAUCCAGAUAAAUCGGACCAUCCGGAGGCGGAAACCAAGUUUGUAGAGAUAAAGCAAGCCUACGAGCUGCUGUCGGAUUCCGAACGACGGAAGGCGUACGAUUUGCACGGUAUCACGAACGAAGAUGCCUAUCUGUACAAGGAACGUCCGGAUUACAGCAGUUACGGACGUUUCCCAGAUCCGUUCGAACAGUUUUUUGGUCACAAUUUUAACUUCCACGAUCAGGACAUAAGCUUGUUUCACAAGCUGUCGAUCACUUCGAAAUAUUACGAAACGAAUAUCGUUCCGAAGAGCCACCACACACCGCAGAUUCUUAUGUUCUACUCGGAUUGGUGCUUCUCCUGUAUGAAGGCAGCAAAUUCCUUUAAAAAGAUGAUCGAUACGUUAGAACCGUUUGGAGUAACGUUUGCUACAAUAAACGCCGGUCAUGAGAAUCAGCUAGUGCGGAAGGUUGGUGUCCAUUCGCUGCCGUGUGUGAUUAUGGUUUUGGAUGGACACAAUUACGUGUACAAGGAGAGCGUUUACAAUACCCAACGGGUGGUAGAAUUCAUCAGACAAAAGUUGCCUUACAAAUUGCUGCCCGUGGUCGAUGACGAUUCUAUCGAUACAUUCCUCCGGGGAUGGGCAGAUAAUAGAGUGCGCGCACUGGUGAUGGAACCGCGCACACAGCCACGUUUACGCUAUCUGAUUACGGCAUUCCACUUCCGGGAGCGGGUGGCCUUUGGUUUCGUUCAACUGGCGUCCGAAAAAAGCAAGCAAAUACAGGAGCGCUACAAGCUGCAUCCCUCGCUGGAUACUUUGCUGAUUUUCAAUGAGGAUGCUAGUAGACCGGUGGCGUCUAUUUCGAUGUCGGACAUACCAACGCCCACGCUGAAUAACAUCAUCUCUGUUAACAAAUUUCUAGCACUGCCACGCUUGUCUUCGCAAUCUAUGCUGGAAGGGGUUUGUCCGGCGGAGUGGAACCGACCUCGCAAGCGUCUGUGCGUCGUACUGGUGACCGAAAAUACUGCCACGCAUGAUGAGGCUCGUAACGCUAUGCGAAGAAUCGCGCUGGAAUCCAGCUACAGCCCGGAGCGGGUCCGCUUUGCGUACAUCUACCAGGAAAAGCAGGCGGAGUUUAUCGAUGCUCUAGCGGAGCACAGCAAGCUGAAGGAAACCGUACUGAAGGUUGUCAUCAUCUGGCGGCGCGACACCAAGCACAUCAAGUACGAAUGGGUGCACGAAGCAACCCUGCAGUCGGCGGAUAAAACGGUGGAGAACGAAACGCACGAGCUGAACUACAACAACACCAAGCAGAAGCUGGACGGAGCGAUCCAGCGACUGCUGCGGUCCUCGGAGGCGUUGAGUUAUGAGGCGGAAGUGAAGGAUCUCCUUGACGAGCAUGCCCAAGGACUGGUAGUUCGCAUCCUGAACAAGGUUCUGCUUGCGUUCGAAUACAUGACCGAUAAUCUGGGCCAGGAGCACAUUCUCCCAGCGCUGUCAGUAGUGGGAACGGUCGCGUUUAUCCUCGCCGCCGGUUAUCUCAUGUCCUAUCUGGUACGAAUUGAGGAGGAAAAUAUUCAAAAGAAGCAAAGUAAAGGCGCUGAUGGUAAAAACGGUAAAACGGCAAACUACGUCCCAGAGCUGCGUCUGCACGAGUUGCGUGCGGAAAAAUAUAACGGAUUAGUUCGGCUGCUGAAGCCCGGUUGCAGAACUAUCGUUCUGUUGACGGAUAUGCAGUCCCGCAACAAGCUGAUUCCGUCUUUCCACAAGGCAGUAUGGCCUUACAGGAAUCUCGAUUCCGAUUGUAGGAACAAAACGUUGAUGUUCGCCCAUAUGCUUAUCGAGAAGGGAAUUGGCUGGUAUGCGGAGCUGUUGCGUCUUUCGCUGUCGGAGUCACGUGAAAUGAAAAUCAACCCACGGAACUGUAUCGGUACGGUCAUUGCCCUGAACGGGCAUCGGAAGUAUUUCUGCAUGUACCACGCCAAACAUCCGGAGUCUAAUCGGGGCGCCAAGCGCAUGAUGAAGAUGACCCGGCAACUGAGCACGAUGCCGUCCGACCCGGAAGCCGGUGCUUUCCUGGGAAUGGAAAGUUCCGACUCGGAAGCGAGCACAUCGGACAUAUCCGAGCCGAAGAUUCUGUUGGAGGAGAACCUGCUUGACGGGCUGCCCAACUGGUUGGAUCGACUGUUCGAGGGUACCACGCAUCGGUACUAUAUCAACUAUUGGCCCGAUUUCACUUCGAAGUAAGUUUGUUGUUAAGGGCAGAGAAGUGAUCCUUGUUAGAUGAAGCCAAAGCAGAGGCCGCCGCAGUUUGGCGGUGCAGUGUAACGACUUUUUUCUAAUGUUCUGAGAUUUGCCGAAAGACAUGAGCAAUGAGUACCGUUGCUCGAAAAAUUUUCCUCGUUUUUAUCUGUUUUCUAUUUUCUAAUGAGACGUUUUACAUCUAAUAACUACACAUAUGUUUGUUUAGAAGAGUAAGUAAUUUAUUUCAUCGAUUACAGAUUAGCAAUUGUUGAAUUUCCAUCUCAUUUCGCGAGCAAGCAGAGAACAGUCAGUCGGUAGUGGAAAUUAAUCUAGUCAAAUUUAACCUAUAGAGAUACUGGCAGGCAGGAGGAAACAAUAUUAAUGUUUCGCACAUAGGAAUAUGCAUCUUGAUUACCUACAAUAUAGCAAAUAAAUUGAACCUAGAACGUAAGCCAACUGGAAUAUCCCCAGUCAAAGAAGUUAGAACCAAUUUCCUAUGAACUUUCGUUUCUCGAAACAAAUAGCUUUCUCCGGGUAAGGAAAGAAGACCCGUUUUCCCUUCGUCUACUGCAAGAUGCCAGUGAUGCUGGAGAAGAGACAUGAAGAUAGAAAGCAAAAUCGAAGACUGCAUUGGAAGCAUUUCUCGUAGUAGUUAGUGCCUGUUCCAUGUGGCGAAAGGUAGUUAGUUACUCGCACAGUUUUAGCUGCACGUCUCUCUGGCCCAUCUAGGCGAAGGGAAAACUAACCGAAACAAUCACCAGUGUGAUGAUAGUAUUAAAACAGGAAAUGGGUAGCGAUCCUUCCGAAAAGCCGCUUCUCGGGAUACUUGUUGCGACGCGUAUAGUUUUUUUAAUUAAUAUAAUAUCGAACCUUUGAGAUCCAGGUAGUAAUAUACUAGGCUAAACUGCGUACCAAGAAUAGUACUAGACUGCUGUCAGAUGGAAUGGACAAGCACACACAUUUCAGAGGAGUCUACAGAAUUGCCCAGACUUGAGGCUCCAAGAAGCCGCCAUGUUAGGUAAACGCGAAUAGCAUAUAAAAUAAAAACCUUCUCACACACUUUCGAGACAAUUUGGGUAACUUUCA